AUGCGGCUCCUUCCAACCAGACCCAACCGAACCAACAGGAGGAGAAGAGAUGUGGAUGACACUGUCCCAACAACUGGCAAAGGGAGAUAUUGGUGCUUUGUCUGUGGCAUUUUUCUGUCGUCCAUUGUUGCCUUUUGGCGCAACUCGUACGAGGUUCGAAGGGGUGUCAGUAGUCUCAGCGGUUUCAUUUACUCGGCAAAUGACCCACACCAGAAAGGACCAUUGGGCAUCAAGGAUAACAUGAUUGGCAAUCUCCAAAAGCAGAUUGAUGAUUUGCAGAAGAAGAAUCAACAGCUUCAGCAAGCCGCGGCACUGCGGAAUGGUACUGCUUUCCAAAACCAGGCAGCCACUGUGAGAACAACAACCAAUGCAGGAGCAGCCAAAAUUCAGUCAUCUGUGGAUGCCUCGGUCCCUCAGGAAAGCUCCAACAGUAACGACAACCACUGGAGAGAAACUAGUGUGCUGGAGCUUCUGCCGUGGGAACACAAAUCGUACAAAGGUAUUUCCCAACCAGGAGUAACGAACCACAUUGCUCAUCAAAGCUGUCAGCCACCAAAAGGAAUCCCCCGCACAUGCUGCCUUGGAUCCUUCUCCUCGGGAGGCGAACUUCAUGAUAGGAUGACUUUCAUUUGCCACUUGGGCAUGCAAGACUUUCCACAGCUACGACAACACACUAUCCAAUGGUUCGAAGACAAUGAUGGUGCCGUCUCAGAUACAAAAUGUGACAUUUGCAGGAUUGUGGAGAUUGUUCGGAAACAUAACAUUCUCAUUUCAUUCCUUGGUGACUCCAUGCAUCACCAGGUGUUUGAUGGACUGACAUGUGAGCUCUAUCGCAGAGGAUACCAAGUGAAAGUUGAAGAAACCAUAAACACAGUCAAAGAUGGUUAUCGUCAAGUUGGAACCAACAAGACAAUUCACAUUCGAUCCCCUGAAUGGGCCGAGGAUGAAAGGGACGCCAUUUUGAGGUUUCAUCAAAUGUACAUGGUCCCGCCUGUAGAUGAUGGUGUAGCCAAUAUUACGGCGGAGGCUGAUGUUUUGGUGUUAGGUUUUGGUCUCCAUUGGAAUUAUGGUGACAGAGGUGACUAUGUUGUUGCCAUGGGGGAUCUUUUCAGUCGCAUCAGACAGCAAGGCCACAUCCAACUACUGGUGCAUCGAGAAUCCUCAGCACAACACUUUGAUGCUAGUGGUGGAGAGUAUAGCUUGUGGUGA